CCCGCGCCCGCGCUGGCCCCGGCCGUCCGGCUGCUGCUGGCGGGGCUGCUGUGCGGCGGCGGGGUCUGGGCCGCGCGAGUGAACAAGCACAAGCCGUGGCUCGAGCCCACCUACCACGGGAUCAUCACCGAGAACGACAACACGGUGCUGCUGGACCCCCCCCUCAUCGCCCUGGAUAAAGACUCGCCGCUGCGCUUUGCAGAGAGUUUUGAGGUGACAGUCACCAAAGAAGGUGAGAUUUGUGGCUUUAAAAUUCACGGGCAGAAUGUCCCCUUUGAUGCCGUGGUAGUGGAUAAGUCCACGGGUGAGGGAGUAAUCCGCUCAAAAGAGAAACUGGACUGCGAACUGCAGAAAGACUACUCGUUCACCAUCCAGGCCUAUGACUGCGGGAAGGGGCCCGACGGCACAGGCAUGAAAAAAUCUCACAAAGCAACCGUGCACAUCCAGGUGAAUGACGUCAAUGAGUAUGCACCCGUGUUCAAGGAGAAGUCGUACAAGGCGUCGGUGGUGGAGGGGAAACAGCACAGCAGCAUCCUCAGGGUGGAGGCCGUGGACGCAGACUGCUCCCCUCAGUUCAGCCAGAUCUGCAGCUACGAGAUUCUCACCCCAGACGUGCCGUUCACUGUGGACAAAGACGGUUACAUUAAAAACACAGAGAAGCUGAACUACGGCAAGGAGCAUCAGUACAAGCUCACAGUCACGGCCUACGACUGCGGGAAGAAGAGAGCCACGGAAGACGUCCUCGUGAAGAUCAGCGUGAGGCCCACCUGCAGCCCUGGCUGGCAAGGCUGGAGCAGCAGGGUUGAAUAUGAGCCUGGCACGGGGGCUUUGGCUGUCUUCCCGAACAUCCACUUGGAGACCUGUGAUGAGCCUGUCGCCUCGGUGCAGGCCACGGUGGAGCUGGAGACCAGCCACAUAGGGAAAGGCUGCGACCGAGACACCUACUCCGAGAAGGCCCUUCACCGGCUCUGUGGGGCUGCUGCUGGCACCGCGGAGCUGCUCCCUUCCCCCAGUAGCUCCUUGAACUGGACUGCUGGCCUCCCCACCGACAACGGCCACGACAGCGACCAGGUCUUCGAGUUCAAUGGCACGCAGGCAGUGAGGAUCCCAGACGGCAUUGUGUCCCUUGACCCUAAAGAGCCUUUUACAAUCUCUGUGUGGAUGCGUCAUGGGCCUUUUGGCCGAAAGAAGGAGACGAUUCUGUGCAGUUCAGACAAGACAGACAUGAACCGACACCACUAUUCGCUUUAUGUCCACGGGUGCAGACUCAUUUUCCUCCUCCGUCAGGACCCAUCUGAAGAGAAGAAAUACAGGCCUGCGGAGUUCCACUGGAAGUUGAACCAGGUCUGUGAUGAGGACUGGCACCACUUUGUCCUCAAUGUGGAAUUCCCAAGCGUGACUCUGUAUGUGGACGGCGUUUCUCAUGAGCCCUUCUCUGUGACGGAGGACUACCCGCUUCAUCCAGCCAAAAUAGAGACUCAGCUAGUGGUUGGAGCUUGCUGGCAAGAGUAUUCAGGAGCCGAAAGUGGCAAUGAGACUGAGCCUGUGCCUAUGGCCUCUGCAGGUGGUGACCUGCACAUGACACAGUUCUUCCGAGGUAACCUGGCUGGCCUCACGGUCCGCGCUGGGAGGGUGGCGGAGAAGAAGGUGAUUGACUGUCUGUACACCUGCAAGGAGGGGCUGGAGCUGCAGGCCCCCGAAGAUGGCAGCAGAGGCGUGCAGAUCCAAGCAAGCUCCAGCCGGGCAGUAUUGACCUUGGAGGGAGACGAGGUUGGGGAGCUGGAUAAGGCCAUGCAGCACGUUUCCUACCUGAACUCUCGGCAGUUCCCCACACCGGGCAUCCGCAGGCUCAAGAUCACCAGCACGGUCAAGUGUUUUAAUGAGGCAGCUUGCAUCGAGGUGCCCCCAGUUGAAGGGUACGUGAUGGUUCUGCAGCCGGAAGAACCCAAGAUCAGCCUGAGUGGGGUCCACCACUUUGCCCGGGCAGCUUCCGAGUUCGAGAGCCCAGAGGGCGUUUCCCUUUUCCCUGAGCUUCGAAUCAUCAGCACCAUCACCAGAGAAGUGGAGCCUGAGGGGGAUGGGGCCGAGGACCCCACAGUGCAAGAGUCCCUGGUGUCGGAGGAAAUUGUGCAUGACCUGGACACGUGUGAGGUCACCGUGGAAGGGGAGGAGCUGAACCCCGAGCAGGAGAGCCUGGAGGUGGAUGUGGCCCGCCUCCAGCAGAAGGGCAUCGAAGUGAGCCACUCUGACCUGGGCGUGGUCUUUACAGGUGUGGACACCAUGGCCAGCUACGAGGAGGUCCUGCACCUCCUGCGCUAUCGGAAUUGGCAUACCAGAUCCCUGCUUGACCGGAAGUUCAAGCUCAUUUGCUCAGAGCUAAAUGGUCGUUACCUCAGCAAUGAAUUCAAGGUGGAGGUGAACGUGAUCCACACAGCCAACCCCGUGGAACACACCAAUCACAUGGCUGCCCAGCCCCAGUUCGUCCACCCUGAGCACCGAUCCUUCGUUGACCUGUCUGGUCACAACCUGGCCAGUCCCCACCCGUUUGCAGUUGUCCCCAGCACGGCGACUGUUGUGAUUGUGGUAUGUGUCAGCUUCCUGGUUUUCAUGAUCAUUCUGGGCGUGUUUCGGAUCCGAGCCGCACAUCAGCGAUCGAUGCGGGACCAGGACACCGGGAAGGAGAACGAGAUGGACUGGGAUGACUCUGCCUUGACCAUCACCGUCAACCCCAUGGAGACAUAUGAGGACCAGCACAGCAGUGAGGAGGAGGAAGAGGAGGAGGAGGAAGAGGAGAGUGAGGACGGGGAAGAGGAGGAGGAUAUCACCAGUGCUGAGUCUGAGAGCAGCGAGGAGGAGGAAGGCGGCCCUGGGGGUGGCCAGAAUGCCACCCGACAGCAGCAGCUGGAAUGGGACGACUCCACGCUCACCUAUUAGACAUGUACCUCCGAACCUGCUCUCCAGAACUCUCUCCCAGCCCCACGGGUCCACGAUGUACAAAAUCAUUUUGGCCAGCAGGUCUGCAGACCCCUCUCCCGUUGCUGAAGAUCCACCUGCGCUUGGUGUGUGGGACCAUAGGCUCUGCCCUCCGCCCUCCCUGCCCAUCACUCUUGCAGUCUCUCUAGGAGCUGGCACUUCCUCCCAGCAUGGGGACCCCAUGGCACCCUGGAGUCCCCUGUCAGUAGGGGAGAGGACGCUAGCCCUUCAAGCCUCCAGAGAAGCUGCAGUGAGUGGACCUGUUGGCAAGAGGGUAAAAGCAGCUCCCACCCAGUAAUCCUUCUUCUUUAUUUUUAAAAGUUUUUAUUUUUUUCCAAACUAGUGCAUGUAUAAAGUGGGAGAAUGGGGGUGAAUAUGUAGAUGACCAACUGACUUUUUAAUAUUUUGUAAAUAAAUUGGGAUUCUUCGUGUCCUCCAUGCUAGUGUAGUCCAGGACAGGAAUGUGAUAGGCCCAGGAGGAGCUCAUCUCUCCUCCCUCCCUCCUCGCUACCUUCUACUUUCCUCCCCGGAAACCAAGAUGGAGAGGUCCAAGUCACUGUGGCCCUUGCUGGGGUUUCUGUACAGCCACGUGGCCAGGUGCCAUCGGCUUUGAGUGCUACCAGGGCAACCAGACCCAAGCACCCCCACCACGUUGGAGGCUGGAAACAGCCAGGACGUUGCCAAGGCCCCUGGUCUUGCACACUCCUGUGACUGUGGCCACUGGGCUGUGCAGCCUUGUGGCUUCGGCUGACUUAUCUGUGUCUCCCUGAUGGUGAAAUCCUGCAGCUCAUGGGAACGGACAGCAAAGGUGGUGGGCUCCUGAGCACGUCUGCACGACAGCACCCAAAAGGAGACCCUGAGGCCCAGAGACAAAGCGCUAGAAUGUUCCAAAACAAUCUGUUCUCUCUUCUCCCCACAGGCCCCAUGGGAUGCCCCUUGCUGUCAGGAUGGGUGGGGUAAGACCUGAACCCCAGGAGCUGAGGGUCCUGCUGCUUGCCUUAGGGUGAGGCAGGAGGAGACAGCCGUGUAAACCUCCACAGCACUCAGCCUGCCCUCUACAACCAGUUAGACUGCUCCAGCCGGGGAAUUGCCCUCGCUGCUAGUUCUGAGGAUGCUGGCGGCUGUGCUGUCUGUGAAAUCCACCCCCUGUUCUGUCCCUGUAGCUGCUUUCUUAGCUGGAAAGAGGCUGAAGAAGAGGCAGACAUUCUCAUGUGUUGGUAGUGCAGUAUCCUUUUAAGAUGUGUGUAUAUUGAAGCUAGGUCAGGAAGUGUACGCACUAUAAUAAAGUUCUGGUUCUAACUCUA